AUGUCAGGAGUUGAAAAGAAGGUCGAGACUCCUGAAGAUAUCGAGCGCAAGAAGAAGAAAGAAGAAAAGGCUAAGGAAAAAGAAAUGAAGAAGCAAAAAGCUGCCGAGAAGAAGGCCGCUGCUGAUAAGCUGAAGGCACAAGGUCCUGAUGCUGCUAAAAAGAGUGCUGCUAAGAAGGCUGCAAAGCGAGAUGCUGGCGGCGAUGAGAACCCGGAGGAUUUUGUCGAUCCGGAGACAAAUCUCGGUGAUAAGAAAAAGCUUUCCGCUAAAAUGGCAAAACAGUAUAACCCAACUGCAGUUGAGAAAUCAUGGUAUCCUUGGUGGGAAAAAGAGGGCUACUUUGUGGCGGAUGCUAAGAGCACCAAACCACCAUUUGUCAUUGUUCUUCCACCUCCAAAUGUGACUGGGGCCCUACACAUUGGCCAUGCACUUACUGCUGCCAUAGAGGAUCUAAUCAUUCGCUGGAAGAGAAUGUCUGGCUUUAAUGCCUUAUGGGUGCCCGGUGUGGACCAUGCUGGGAUAGCUACACAGGUUGUUGUAGAGAAGAAGUUAAUGCGUGAACGCCAUCUAACUAGGCAUGAUAUUGGUCGCGAGCAAUUUGUAGCUGAGGUUUGGAAAUGGAAGGAGGAAUAUGGUGGUACAAUACUGAGGCAGUUGCGAAGGUUGGGUGCUUCUCUUGACUGGUCUCGUGAGUGUUUCACAAUGGAUGAGAAAAGAUCAAGGGCUAUAACAGAGGAGUUUGUUAGAUUAUACGAAGAAGGUCUCAUCUAUAGGGAUCUUCGGCUAGUGAACUGGGAUUGCACCUUGCGUACAGCAAUAUCUGAUAUUGAGGUAGAUUAUAUGGACAUCAAGGAGAGAACCAAGUUGAAGGUACCAGGUUAUGAAAAAGAAGCCGAAUUUGGUGUAUUGACCUUAUUUGCUUAUCCACUGGAGGGAGAGCUAGGUGAAAUAGUAGUUGCCACUACCAGGGUUGAAACAAUGCUUGGUGACACUGCUAUUGCUAUCCAUCCUGAUGACAAGAGAUACAUCCAUCUACAUGGAAAAUUUGCAGUACAUCCAUUUAAUGGAAGAAAGCUUCCUAUAAUAUGUGAUAAAGAAACUGUUGAUCCCACUUUCGGAACUGGUGCUGUGAAGAUUACUCCAGCCCAUGAUCCCAAUGAUUUUAAGGUUGGGAAGGCCCAUAAUCUUGAAUUUAUAAAUAUAUUUACGGACGAUGGUAAGAUCAACAGCAAUGGUGGACCAGAGUUCACUGGGAUGCCACGGUUCAAGGCCCGUGAGGUGGUGAUUAAUGCUUUGAGAGAGAAGGGAUUGUACAGAGGUGACAAAAUUAAUGAGAUGCGCCUUGGAUUCUGUUCAAGAAGCAAUGAUGUUAUUGAGCCAAUGAUAAAGCCUCAAUGGUUCGUUAACUGUGGUAGCAUAGCUAAGCAGGCCCUUGACGCUGCAACAGAGGGUGAAACUCCAAAGCUUCAGUUCAUCCCGAAACAAUAUUUGGCUGAAUGGAAAAGAUGGCUUGAAAACAUUCGCGAUUGGUGCAUCUCAAGGCAGCUUUGGUGGGGUCAUCGAAUUCCUGCAUGGUAUGUUACGCUUGAAGACGAUGAUUUGAAGGAACAAGGUGCAUAUAAUGACCACUGGGUGGUUGGAAGAAAUGAGAAUGAAGCUUUGGAAGUGGCUAACAGUAGAUUUGCUGGGAAGAAGUUCAAGAUGAAUCAAGAUCCUGAUGUGCUGGAUACAUGGUUCUCCUCUGGAUUGUUUCCAUUGUCUGUUUUAGGAUGGCCUGAUGAGACAGACGACUUGAAAGCAUUUUAUCCUACUUCAGUUCUUGAAACUGGGCAUGACAUUUUGUUCUUCUGGGUUGCACGCAUGGUUAUGCUAGGCAUGAAACUAGGAGGUGAUGUGCCUUUCUCUAAGGUGUACUUGCAUCCAAUGAUUCGUGAUGCACAUGGCCGCAAGAUGUCUAAAUCUCUUGGAAAUGUUGUUGACCCACUGGAAGUAAUAAAUGGGGUUAGCCUUCAGGGGCUUCACAAGAGACUUGAAGAGGGGAACUUGGAUCAAAACGAGCUGGCCACUGCGAAAGAGGGUCAGAAGAAAGACUUCCCUGAUGGUAUUGCAGAAUGUGGUGCAGAUGCACUACGCUUUGCGCUUGUUUCAUAUACUGCUCAGUCCGAUAAGAUAAAUUUGGACAUCCAAAGAGUGGUUGGAUAUCGUCAGUGGUGCAAUAAGCUGUGGAAUGCUGUUAGAUUUGCAAUGGGCAAACUUGAUGCAGAUUACACCCCGCCUUCAACUUUAGCUUAUGAGACCUUGCCCUUUCGCUGCAAGUGGAUUCUCACAGUCCUGAACAAGGCCAUAUCAAAAACUGUGACUGCAAUGGAUGCAUAUGAGUUCUCUGAUGCGUCCAGCGAAGUCUUUUCAUGGUGGCAGUAUGAGUUCUGUGAUGUUUUCAUUGAAGCAAUUAAGCCUUACUUUGCUGGCAACAGUUCGUCAUUUUCCGUGGAACGAAGUGCGGCACAGGACACUCUGUGGGUAUGCUUGGACAAUGGCUUGCGGCUACUGCAUCCAUUUAUGCCGUUUGUUACUGAAGAAUUGUGGCAACGCCUUCCUUCAGCUAGCAGCCAUGCAAAGAAAGACUCUAUUAUGGUAGCAGACUACCCAUCACCGGUAGAGGUUUGGAACAAUAUAUUGGUGGAAAACGAAAUGGAGCUUGCUCGAUCAACUUGGAAAAGUCUAAGAUCGCUUCGGGUUGCGGUGCUUGAAAAGCAGACAAAUGAAAGAUUACCAGCUUUCGCAUUUUGCCAAAGUGAAGCAGUUGCAGAAAUUAUUAGAGGGCGUGAGUUGGAGAUUAUAACUCUUGGAAGCUUAUCAUCCUUAAAGGUCCUAGUGAGUGGGAUAGAUGCUCCUCCCGCUGGAUGUGCUUUUGAGAUUGUCAACGAGAACCUUAAAGUGUAUCUCAAGAAAGAAGGGAAGGUUGAUACAGCAGCAGAGCGAGAGAAGAUCAGAAGUAAAAUGGAUGACAUACAGAAGCAACGGGAAAAAAUAGAGAAGAACAUAAGCACCACAGGGUACAAAGAGAAAGUACCACCUCAUAUUCAGGAAGAGAAUACCGAGAAGCUGAAUAGGCUCAUUCAGGAACUGGAGUUGUUGAAGUUAGAGAGUGCACGGCUUGAAGCUGAGAGUAACGCUCCAAGGCAGUAA